UAAACACUUCCGGAGAACAUUGGUCUACGUUUUGAUCGUCCUUCAACCCUUUGUUACCCUUGUGCUCUGACACUUUGUGUGGGUUGGGUGCAGGAACGUAGCGAACAGGUCGAUUGUAGCGGUAGUCGUUUUGAUGGCAACGUACUUUACAGUUAUGUCGACUGCAGUGGUUAUUGGAACCACUGAAUUCAAAUUUCAAAGCUGUGGCAAGUUUAGCGUAGUCAUUUAGCACGUGUUGCUGUUGUAGGCAAAUUAACCUUGUCACGUGUCAAUUCGACGUUCUCUUCAACAGGUAAACCCUGUCAGAACCCGUAGCGUUCGGCUAGCGACCCAACGCGUCCUCUGUCAGCUAGGAACGUCUCAGUAUCGUUUGGCUGACCUGGAACGGGGUCUAAGGUGGGGAAAUUCUUGAUGAGUUUGUCAAGGUAUUCCGUGUCAAGUCGGCGGCUUCAUCCUGUGGGGAAAGUGGGGGCGAAUGGCCAAGAGGAGAAGCUGUGCUUUGUUGGCCAAGAGGCGCCAUAUUACUCAGUGCCGAAUGGCCGAGAGGAGAAGACUGGGGGACACAUGAUGGAGGCAAUGUCUGAAACCUAUUGUCUUCACUCCUUAGGAGAGAGACCAGACUCUCACUCUGGCAGCGGGGAGAGUCAUUCAGGGGAACCAGACCCAGAGACGUCCAAACCGGCGAGACGACACCACUGUUCCCAGUGUGGGAAGAGUUUUAACCGAUCACAACACCUGAAAUUACAUGAGAGAACACACACAGGGGAAAAGCCUUACCACUGUUCCCAGUGUGGGAAGAGUUUUCUCCUAUCACAACAACUGAAAUUACAUGAGAGAACACACACAGGAGAAAAGCCUUACCAGUGUUCCCAGUGUGGGAAGAGUUUUAUCCGAUCACAACACCUGAAAUCACACAAGCGAACACACACAGGAGAAAAGCCUUACCAGUGUUCCCAGUGUGGAAAGUGUUUUACUCGGUUAGAUUACCUGAAAAGUCAUAAGCAAAUACACUCUGGAGAGAAGUCUUACUCCUGUUCCCAUUGUGGAAAAAGUAUUAGGUGGUUGGGGACUCUGAAAUCGCAUGAGCGAAUGCACACGCAAAACAAACUCCAAUGUUCCUUGUGUGGAAAGCGGUUUACCCAGUUAGAAGCCCUGAUUGUGCAUGACAGGACACACACAGGCGGGGAUAAGACCUACCACUGCUCCCACUGUGGAAAGAGAUUUAACUGGUUAAGGCAGCUGAAUAAGCAUGAAAGAAUACAUACACAGGAGGAGAAGACAUACCACUGCUCUCAGUGUGGAAAGACAUUUUCCCAGUUAGAGGACCUGAAAUCACAUGAGAGAAUAGAGAGCCUGUGUUCUGACUUGAGUUUUUGACCUGAUCAUUUGUGUUUUUGUUUAAUCUUUAUGAAAUCAGUUUGUAUAUAUGAACGCAGAAUAAGGGUCCUUUUGUUGUUUCAUUUAGAGACCUGAUCGUGUCUAAUAUCAGGUGUCUGUUGUUUCAUUUAGAGACCUGAUCGUGUCUAAUAUCAGGUGUCUGUUUCAUUUAGAGACCUGAUCGUGUCUAAUAUCAGGUGUCUGUUUCAUUUAGAGACCUGAUCGUGUCUAAUAUCAGGUG